UCACACUCCAAUAUUGAGAGCAUAAAGAAGACUAGGUCAAUAAAUUUUGGGUCGAGACAAAAUAAUGACUUGCAUUGACUUCCAAAAACUGUGGAAAAUUUACAUUCUCAAUUCUCAGUCUCCAAAAUUUUAGGCUCACAAGAAGUGUUUUAGAUUUGAAUAUAAAUGGCAUUUGUAGGCUUCUCGUUUUCUCACACAAUUAGCACUCACAAUAUGGAUGCAUUUUCCCCAUUUUCCCUUCUUUCGCUUCUCUUAUUGUUUUCAUGUCUUAGCCUCUCUGCUGCACACAACAUAACUCAAAUCAAAAGUGAUGAAUUCAUACUUGUUGCCUUAAAAUCCCACAUCACUUCGGAUCCUUACAAUAUUUUGAAAAAUAACUGGACAAGUGGAACCUCGUUUUGCACGUGGAUAGGAGUUACUUGUGAUUCACGUCGUAGCAGGGUGACUGAAUUAGAUAUCUCGGCUAUGGGACUUGAAGGAAGCAUUCCACAGGAAAUUGGAAAUCUUUCUUCACUUGGUCAUUUAGAUUUGAGUUGGAACUCUUUUCAUGGUUGUAUUCCUCUCUAUCCAUUUUUAAAUUUGUAGUUAGUAGAAUCUAUUUAUUUAUAAGGUAAUCCUAUCAGGUCGGCUACCAAAGGACAUUUGCAGUCACAAUAACCUUCGAAGACUCAAACUACUUAACCUAUCGAGGAAUGAAAUGGAAGGAGAUAUACCGUCAAGUUUGUACCAAUGUCCACAACUCGAGAGUAUUGACUUGUCAGGCAACAACUUUGGUGGAUAUGUGCCUGCACAAAUUUGGAAUAUCACACUGCUUAAGGAAUUAGACCUUGGUGUGAACAAUUUGAGAGGCCGCCUACCAAAAGACAUUUGCUCGCAUAACAACCUUCAAAGACUCAAACUACUUAGCCUGUGGUGGAACGAAUUGGAGGGAGAUAUACCAUUGAGUUUGGGUCAAUGUACACAACUUGAGAGUAUUGACUUGUCAUACAACAACUUUGGUGGAAAUGUCCCUCGAGAAAUUGGGAACAUCACACAGCUUAAGGAAUUAAGCCUUAAUAGGAACAAUUUGAAAGGUGAUAUUCCGAAAGAGAUUGGUUAUCUUAAUUAUUUAGAGGUAUUGAGCAUGAGCAACAACAAAUUCAGUGGACGAUUACCAAGACAACUUUGGAAUGUCACGACUCUUCGUGAAUUACGCAUUGGCAACAUCUCUUUAAUUGGUAUAUCAUUACUCUUUCUGCUAAUUUUUUUUAUUGAGGCAUUAACCACCUUUAUUGUUAUUUCUAAUAAGCCAAUUGUUAAUCAUAUUUAUCGUCACUUUUCUGUCCUAUUUUCUGUUCUUUGA